UGGAACUUCCAUCCAUCCAGCAGAGUGAAUGAGUGUAGUGCCUGCAAUGAAAGUGAAUGUGGUGUGAAUUUCGGGGCUUUCUGCUCAGUUACCAAACGGGAUAAACUCCAAUGUUUAACAACGAAUAAACAAGAAAUUUCAGAAGGAUUACUGCUGUAAUCAGUUCACCCUGUGCUGCAUGAUUCUGUUGUAAUGGACACACACAGCCGACAUUGUGAUUACACGCUUGCUUUAUAAAGCUUCAUUGUUGGGUCUGUCUGUGUACUCCUAGUGCCACGAAGAUAUUUGAGACCAACAAUUGAGUACUGGUUGGUCCAGGCUGUCUGGAUUUACCAGCCUGUUACGAUUUAUAAAGAUGGCAAACCCUAUCCAGUGGGCUCGUUACAGAUGGCAGAGGCUGCUCUCUACAGAUAGGAGGAAUAAUACGUACACUUCAUCGUCAUUCUCUGGAUGGUUUAAAACAUCUCAAUCGCAGAAAACUGGUCACAAGCAUCGAAUUGUAAUUCCUUGCCUUGGUAUAUUCACUGAAGAAUAUGAAAAGGUCAUCAAAAAUUACAUGACCAAUAGGAUUCAAACAACAAAGUAUACUUUACUGAACUUUAUUCCAAUGAAUUUAUUUGAGCAGUUUCGAAGAGCUGCAAAUCUUUACUUCCUGUUUCUGGUGAUUCUGAAUUGGGUGCCAUCAGUAGAAGCAUUUCAAAAGGAGAUAACGAUGUUGCCAUUGGUGGUGGUUCUUGCAAUUAUUGCAGUUAAAGACGGGAUUGAAGACUACCAGCGCUACAAAUUUGAUAAACAAAUAAACAACCGAACAACUAAAGUUUAUGACAAGCAAGCAAAAAAGUAUCGUUGGAAAUGCUGGAAGGAUGUUCGUGUAGGAGACUUUAUUCGAUUAACUUGCAAUGAGAUCAUCCCAGCAGAUAUGGUGUUGCUGUACUCCACUGAUGCUGCUGGGAUCUGCCACAUUGAAACCUCCAAUCUGGAUGGAGAGACAAACUUGAAGCAGAGACAGGUGGUGAAGGGAUUCAUGGAGCUGAACUCUGAAGCUGAUCCUGAGAGAUUCACCAGCAGAAUUGAAUGUGAAGGUCCGAACAAUGAUCUAAGCAAAUUCAAAGGCUAUAUGGAGCACUGGAAUAAAGAGCGGGUUGCACUUAGUAAAGAAAAUCUCUUGCUUCGGGGUUGUACCAUUAGGAACACUGAGGCCGUUGCAGGGAUUGUAGUUUACGCAGGGCAUGAAACAAAAGCAAUGAUGAAUAAUAGUGGUCCACGCUAUAAACGCAGCAAACUAGAAAGGCAACUUAAUAAAGAUGUUCUUUGGUGUGUGGUACUGCUGUUGGUUAUGUGCCUCAUUGGAGUAUUUGGUCAUUGGAUUUGGCUAAACAGCUACUCGCAGAUUCCUAUUUUUAGCGUUCCACGGCCAAAUGGGGUAUACACUCCUCCAGCACUGGCAGCGUUCUACAUGUUCUGGACCAUGAUCAUUUUGUUGCAAGUGCUGAUACCAAUUUCCUUGUAUGUGUCGAUUGAAAUUGUCAAGCUGGGCCAAAUACUUCUCCUCCAGAGUGAUAUUGACUUGUACAAUGAAAGCUCAGAUUCAACCAUCCAAUGCAGAGCCUUAAAUAUCACUGAAGAUCUGGGACAGAUUGAAUAUGUUUUCUCAGAUAAGACUGGAACACUAACAGAAAAUAAAAUGAUCUUCUGCAGGUGCACCAUUGCUGGAGUUGAGUAUUCCCAUGAGGAAAAUGCAAAAAGACUGGAGUUAUAUCAGGACGUUAACACAGAAGAUUUAUCCAAUCGUUCUCUGGCAUCUGGAUGUAAGUGUCAACAUUUGGACAGCAGCCAAUCUGUUGCUGUGCUACGGAGCCACAAUUCAUUGAAUUGCUUAGCUACUAAUCGCUCGACACCAAAGGACAAAAAUACUUCUGAAGAUGAAAGUGAAAUGACUACAAGUGCUUCUCAAGUGGCAUUCAGCAGCUCAAUUGAAAGGGAUGUUACACCAGAUUCUCAGCUUCAACAAAAAUUGGAACAAAUCAUGUCUCGCCCACUUGACCUGUUGGAAGAGACAGGAAAAGGGCUGUCCCUGGAAUUCACCUACAUUUUUGACUUCUUUCUUGCUUUGACGAUCUGUAAUACAGUUGUUGUGUCGUGUCUUAAUCAGCCAGGGCAGCGGGUAAGAGUACCUUCAGUCACCAAUACUCCAAUGAAGUCCUUGGAGGAGAUAAGGCAAAUGUUCCAAAGAUUCUCAGUACCUCGCUUGAGCUCACCUUCCCUUGCAAGCAGAAAAGAUGGUUCUUCCGAAAAUCCAAGUACUUUUGCUAGUAGAUUACUGAAUAGAGUGAAGCCGGCUUCACCCAGUGCAGUCAAGGAACAAAACAAAGUUGCUGCUGGAUCAGCCAAGGAUUUCAAUGCCAUUAGUGAUCAAUCUCCAGCCGAGAAAUGUGCCCUCAAUGUGCGAGAAGAAUUUGAUAAAACUGCAGGCAGUUUAUCUACAGAUCCAGGCACCUCUGCAGAGCAAUGCAAUAAUUCUAAAUUGCGCUAUGAGGCUGAGAGUCCAGAUGAAGCUGCACUGGUACAUGCAGCGCAGGCCUACAACUGCACUUUAGUGUCCAGGACUUCUGAUCAAGUCACGGUGGAACUUAAGAACAUAGGACGACUACAGUUUAAACUCUUGCACACCUUACCAUUUGACUCAAUUAGAAAGAGGAUGUCUGUAGUCAUGCGACAUCCAUUGACUAAUAAAAUAGUUGUUUAUACGAAGGGUGCUGAUUCAAGCAUAAUGGAUCUUUUGGACAAUUCAGGACACAGUCAUCAGAAAGGUAUUCAGGAAAAGACACAGAAUUACUUAGAUAAAUAUGCCAAGGAGGGUCUCCGUACUCUUUGCAUUGCUAAGAAGGUAAUGAAUGAUGCUGAAUAUGCAGAAUGGCAAAAAUUUCAGUUUUCAGCAGAGACAAGUAUUGACAACCAAGAGGAGCUCCUACUUGAAUCAGCUCUGAAACUUGAAACUAAUCUUACUCUGCUAGACCAAACAUCAGAAUGGAAAAGAAGUGUCUCUGACCGUGGAAUGACUAUUGGUGCCAGACAGGGUGCUUUAAGCGUCUCAGAAAGUGCUGAUUACAUGCACAACAGCCUCUAG